AUGCCUGCAAAGCCAAAUUCCCACUUAAGUUAUAUGUCCCAACUGGAUAUUGAUCAGGUGGCAAACAAUAUUCGGCAGACGUCAGUUGGGUGUACAUUAGGGAAAUCGUGGGCAUCGAAGGAUCAGCUUGCUAAAAUGAUUGGUGCCGGAAUGAAUAUUUUAGUUAUCAACCUAAGCAUGGUAACCAGAGAUGUUUGCAAGGAUGUUGUGAAGUGCAUCCGCGAGCUCGAAGAAUCACACAACUAUGAGCGUCUCAUAGGGAUCACGAUUGACGUAACUGGGGCGCCAGUUCGAACAGGAACAUUUAAGGAAGGACUUUCAUAUGAAGCCAGAAUAGAGGAAGGAAGUCGCAUUACAUUGACUUUAGAUGAGGAGUACAAAUUCUGUUGCACGGAGGAUUUAAUAUUCAUUGAUACCCAAUUCUUUCCCAAACUAAUUCAUUACCUUCGUAAGGGGGAUCGCAUUUAUCUGGACGAGGGCCAAGUCACUCUCGUGGUUAGAAAUAUUGGUUUCGACUGCAUCAACUGCAUAGUGGAGGAAGGAGUCAUAGGUCUGCUUGGGAGUUUUAAGUGUGUUACGGUUCCGCCAAACAGACUCAAUCAGGAGAUUCUUUACUCAACUUAUAUGAAGGAUCUUGAGUUUGCUGCUGAAUGUGGCGCUGACUUCGUUUUAACAAAGUUUGUGGACAGUGGUAGCGUGAUUGAGGAAGCCCGGCGCAUCCUUCCAAAAACAGCAAAGGUAUUUACUAAAAUAGAAACUCGGGAGUCGGUUAAAAAUCUUCGGGAGCUUAUAGCUGUCUCUGAUGGCAUUUUGAUUUGCCGUAGUGGUCUGGCUAUGUAUUAUACGCCGGAGAACAUAUUCAAGAUUCAGAAAUACAUUGUUGGUCAUUGUAAUGUGGCUGAUAAACCUGUCUAUGUAACAGGGCAGUUGGCCGAAUCAAUGAUUUCCAAACCGAGACCGACACGUGCCGAGGCCUCGGAUAUUGCAAAUGCAGUGCUUGAUGGAGUUGAUGGCCUUUUGUUAACAGUCGAAACCUCUUGGGGUAUGUAUCCGUUCGAUACUGUCAGCGUUGUUGAUAACGUUUGUCGUGAAGCUGAGCGUGCAAUUUGUUACGAGAUAUCUCGGGCUGAACUGAACUAUUGCCGAUUGCUGCGUGGCCAAGUCAAUGAGGCGAUCAAGAAUGUCACCGGCGCUUCUGCCGUGGAGGCAGCCGACAGUUGCGGUGCAUCUGCGAUAUUCGUUAUAACCACAACCGGAGCUUCGGCAAUGUCCAUUGCAAUGUCAAGACCCUCCUGUAUCGUGAUUGCAAUUACGGUUGAUAUCGCAGUGGCCCAUCAUUGUUUGGCUUAUCGAGGCCUCCACCCGUUUCUCUAUACUGGUGAGCGUGUGGCCGAAUGGUGUGAGGACGUUGACAAUCGGAUUAACGCUGCCAUCAAGCACACGCGGCUCACGGGUCUGGUGAAAGGCGGCGAUCGCAUCAUCGUGGUGACAGGCUCGGUGGGCACCAGUGGCAGCACCAACACCAUCCACAUCUUCACGCUUGAGGGGGAGCACUCAAAACUCCGCAUUGUCGGUUCCUCCCAUGAGCUGUCGCAAGUGGAAAGCCCCUGGUCGAUAGGAAACACCUCCACUGCCUUUCCCUUUCCCUCCACGGUUGGCGCGAUUAGGGCGCAACAGGUGUCCGGUGCUGGGCCGCGCUACUCCGUGAUGCUGAGCCAUGUGAUGCCAUCGGGCCGCAAGUACCUCAUUGGUUCCUCUCAUUCGGCGCGGAUUGAGGCGGGACUAUUUUUCGAAACAACAUCAAGCAGCUGUUGGUUGUUGACUACCUCUAAUGAGAUACAAUACGGAAAUGGGUAUUUUUAUGUCAAGUCGGGGCAGUUGGAGCGUCUUCCUCUUCCUCCUACCCCGUGUCCCGGUCCAUAUGUCAUAGUGUGUAUGGACUGCUUAUGGCUGGGCGCAAUCGUUCGCCAACCGGAUUCCUCUUGCGGUUUUCAAUGCAGUCAUCUGAUUUAA